AUGUCCGGUGUCGACGCGUCGCCGAGCGCGAGCGGUGACGAGAAUAGAGCGCAAACGAUGACGAAUGCGUCGUCGAUGGGAUUUCACUCGAGACGCACGUCAUCCGUGUCCUCGUUCUCGUCGACGCUCGGUGAUCGUCCGUCGACGUUUGUGAGGCGUCCGAGUUCGUUUCUCUUCGCGUGUGCCUUGGUGUGUUUCGUCUUGGCGUCCGUGACGCAUCGUCCGAGGAGCGCGUUUUGCGAAAAGGCUCCGGCGCACGUGAUAUUCGUCGACGCCGGUAGCACGGGAUGUCGCGCGCACGCGUUCGCGAUCGAGAACGGUGAAAAUGAUAGGGAACUGUUUAAGAUUAAGACUCUGGGUACAAAGGCGAAGACGCGAUUGCCGCUGGCGGAGAUGGGGGGGAAAGUUCGAGAGGAGUUGAUCCCGGCGCUGCGCGCGGCGGCGGCGAACAUCAAGGAUCCGUGGGAGCGCGAGCACGCGGCUGUGUACGUGUGGGCGACGGCAGGGUUUAGAAUUUUGACCCCGGCGAAGCAGCAGGCGCUCUGGCGGGAGGUACGAGAGGCGGUGACGAGCGAGACAAAGCUUCAGCAUGGACACGGACACUUUCGAACGGUGGACGGUGCUGAGGAGGGAUUCUACGCCUGGUUGGCGGCGAAUUAUUUAUCCAACGUCGACGUCACAGUAGUGGGGCGCCUACGAGGCGCCUCGACGCCGAGUGCGCCGGCGCUCGCGGAGAUGGAGUCCGAUAAUCCAUUGUCGAAAACCGUCGGUGCGAUUGACGUCGGCGGCGGGAGUGUGCAAUUCGUUGCGUUGCCGAACGGUGGCGUCGGCUCUUCGCUGCGAUCGAUGAUCGAUUUGAGAGACGCGGUAAAGGUGGAAUCGUUUCUCGGAUACGGGGCGAAUCACAUGGAGACGCGCUGGAGGCGAGAGCUCGCACGGGCGGGCAAGAAGGAGAACGCGUGUUCAUUCCCGGGGUACGAAGUCGACGUGGACGGCGCGACGCUCACGGGUACAGGAUCGUACGACGCGUGCGUUCGAGGUCUUCGCAAACAAAUCGCCGCGAUGCAGCGCGAACAGCGCGUCACCCUACGUAUGCCGCAGGACUUUGCCAAGAUUGAUCGAUUUCUUGGCAUGUCGCUCCUGUUCCAUCUCACCAACUUUCUUACCGUCGCCCUUCCUGGAUCGCUUCCGUCCAUGCCAAAGGCGAGCUUGGAAGAAAUUGCUGCGGGCGGUAAGAAGCUGUGUGCGACCGAUUGGACAUCUCUGGUGAAAAAUGUCGAUGGGAAGGAUCCGAACACGCCAACGGAUAGACUCAACGGACGGUGCUUUGAUGCGGCGCUUGUGCAAGCGCUUCUCGGUGUUGAUUUCGAUGAUGAUUUGCAGUCCGGUGAGGUCGGCUUAGGAUUUACGCAGAGCGAUAAGCGUAUCGAUUUCAUCGAGCGCGUCGACGGCGCCGAGGUCGAGUGGACGCUCGGCGCGGCGAUGAGUGUGGUGCAUCCCACAGCCGCUCGAGCCAAUCCCAAUUGGGCCAAGACACGCGUGCCUGCUGCGUGUGCGCGCGUGUUCCACUCGUCCUUCCUGGAAGAGCUAUACCAAUGGGCGGUCAUCAUCAUGCCCGCGGCCGUGAUCGUGACUGGUUACCUGGUGUACAAGGCGCUCCAGGCCGCAACGAAUGUCGGCACAAUGGCACGGUCGCCCUCGUUCUUCGAGGUGCUGUAA